CCUGAAAGUACUUGAUAACUUCCUAGAAGGUAAUGUAGAAUUUUUUCUUGACAUUUAUCAACAAUUGUAGUGUCAGUUUGUUUUUCUUCUAAUUUUUAAAUAUUUUGCAAAGUAUAAUUUGUUUUUGAUUUUUGAUUGAAUUGUUAAUGUCAAAAUGGACGAGGAACAAUUAAAAUCUCUAGAGGAGAUAUCACAAUUUCUAAAUCCAGAAACUCGAACGGACGUGAAAGAUGUGACUAUUCAACAUGUGCUUGGAGUUACAGGAUCAGCGGAAGGAAGAGAAUUGCUUUUAAAAUUACCUGAUAUUUUAAAAAAAAUAGUUAUACUUUUGCAGGAUAAAUCAAUAAUAAUAGCAAAAGCAGUAACAUUGUCAUUGAUAAAUAUUAGCGCUGAUGAAAAUGGAGCAAGUGCACUUUUAUUAAUUUCCGAAUCUUCGAAACCUGACGACAAAUUAAAUUCUAAUUUAUUCGAAAUAUGCUUAAAAUACAUCACGGAGGGAAACAUUAAUUUGGCAGAUCCUUGCUGUAUGAUUUUAUCAAAUAUGACAAGACCAUCAACAUUUGUUGAGAGAAUUGUAAAUUUAAUUGAUAAAAGUGAAUAUACUUGGGAGACGAUUGUUUCCGUAUUUUGUAAGCAGGGAGAUAAAAAUUCUGCCUCUUUAAAUUAUUUGGGUCCUGUUUUUAGUAAUUUAAGUCAUUCUCAAGUAGUACGAAGAUAUUUAACGGACAGAAGUAAAUGUUUGAUUAAGAGGCUACUUCCAUUCACAGAAUACGCUGAAAGUGAAUUACGAAGAGGUGGCAUUAUUGGAACAUUGAGAAAUUGUUGCUUUGAUUUGGAUAAUCACGAUUGGUUUGUGAGUUCAGAUAUCGACAUUUUGCCGAAUCUACUUUUACCGCUUGCCGGACCUGAGGAAUUUGACGAUGAGGAUACUAAUAAAUUGCCAAUUGAUUUGCAAUAUUUACCUGAAACCAAACAACGUGAAUCUGAUCCUGAUAUUCGAUUAAUGUUGCUUGAAUCUUUAAUCCAAUUGUGUGCAACAAAAAAAGUGCGCGAACAUUUUAGAGAAAAGAAUGUUUACGUAAUUCUUCGAGAAUAUCACAAAUGGGAGAAGGAAAAAACAAUUCUACUUGCCUGUGAAAAUCUCGUUGAUAUUUUAAUCAGAACGGAAGAGGAAAUAGGAGUAGACAACUUGAAAGAGAUUGAGGUACCAGAAGAAUAUAAAGAAAAAUUCCACAAAAUGGAUCAAGAUUUUAUAAAUAGUACAACAUAAGAAUGUGCACAUUGAAUUUUAAUAUCUAAUGUAAAUAUCCUUUUUUUUCAAUAAUCA